AUGAUUCUUAUCCUCAUUUUAAUUUUGGUCACACUGUGCGGAAGAGUCUCCACCACCCGGGAUCUUUUAUUGUCUCUUUCUGUGCCGAACUCUGCGGUGUCCAUCAAUGAGCUUUUGGUGACUUCCAUUGUCACCAAUACGGGUGAUCAUUCUUUGAGGUUACUCAACCACCCGCAAACCGUGCUGUCGCAUCUUCCGACCCGGGUAUUUCACAUUAGUCGAGGAAAUAUCACUCCAGAUUUCACUGGAUUAAUUGUUCACUACUCGCCAGAUUACGUUGUUCAGAAGAAUAAUUCGGACGACUUUACGUUUCUCGAUCCAGGUCAGACAUACGAGCGAAUCCACUCGCUGGCAGGCGUCUAUAACUUUACUGGAACUGGGCCGGACAACUCUGGGAAAAUUGUUAUUGUCAAAGCCGAAACUAACUCUACUCGAUUCAAGAUUUCUGGUGGACUGGUCCAGUCACGUAAAACCGCCCCGAACAGAUUCAACUCUUUCGCGCAAAGUACGCAGAUGCUGCAGAGCGGAUGUACCAUCGACCAGCAAAACAUCAUCAGCGAAGCGGCAAAGUACGCCGACCAAUACAUCUCCAAUGCCCUAACCUAUCUUCAGACCAUCAACGGGUAUACGCCUCGAUACGGGGCUUGGUUUGGGGCGUAUGGACCCCAACUAGCGGAAACUGUCAAGUUCCACUAUGCAAAUAUGGUCGGUCGGGCGAUGGUAACGGCUUAUGAUUGUAUGCCAGAUUCGUGUCGAGAUGGUGCAGUGGCCUACGUAUGGCCACAACAGCCCGGGGUUAUUCAUUUCUGUAAUUGGUUUUGGUCGAGACCGCCAUAUGGGAGUAAUUCCAAGGCUGGAACGAUCAUACACGAGCUAAGUCACUUUACGGGAACUGUGGACCACGUUUAUGGAGAAGUAGGAAGUUUGGAACUAGCAAGAUCUUCACCGUCUCUUGCGGUUGGGAAUGCGGAUAGCCAUAUGUACUUUGCGGAAAAUAGUGCUACGCUCCCGUAA